UUGUCAUAGCGACGCUCGCAAGCCGGGUCGAUUUUUUUUUGUUUCUUUUUUUCUUCGUCGAAAUUUCCGUUGUAUUUUCAAGUUCAGUUUUAAAGAAUCAUGUGUCGGUGCGUCGCUUUUCGCGCGUUGCUGGGAAUAUAAGGUGUUAUAUUUUUUUGUAAGGACCUGUUGCUGUUGGACAAAUAACUGUUCGGAAGUUUUGUUGUGACUGUUGCUUCUCCCCUUGGAUUUCUGUUUUGUCGAUUUUCGCUGCCAUGCAAUAACGUAGUUGGAAUUGGCGUGACUGGAUAUUUUUCUGGUCACCUACUACCUUUCCAAGCUCCUAAAAUCUUUCAGAAGAAGUGCAAAAUCUAUUUCAUCAAAUAUGCACAAAGGGUGCAGUAGGUGUGGCCUUAAACUAUGUUUAUCAAGUUUAUUAUCUCUUUUUCUUCUUCAUGCAUUGGCAGCAGCAGAUGAUUUCAGUCAAGAUGAUCGUUGCUAUCUUUCAAACGGUGGAUCAUCAGAAUCCUUUACUGUUCGAGAGGAUCUGCCCGUUGACAGCAUCAUUGGUACGUUACCUAUUCCUGGUGAUCCAUCUAAGGAUGGGGACAUCGAGUUAACCUUGGUUUCAAAAAACUCACCCGUUAGGAUUCAGGAGGAUACAAAGAAUCUAAUAUUAAAGGAGCCACUGGAUAAAGAAGGAAUUUCAGGUCUUUCUUCCGUGUUGCUGGACGUCGCUUGUAGCAAAAAGGAGACGGAUGACCCCAGCAUAACGAUACCAGUUCGAGUAAUCGUAACUGAUGCAAACGACAACGCACCCGUAUUCGUUGCAGCCCCUUAUUCUGUGAAUAUAAGUGAGGUGACUGUCGUUGGUUCAACUGUGAUACAAGGAAUUAAAGCUGUCGAUAAAGAUCAGUACGGUCCUUUCAGCACUGUGGAAUAUCACAUAGAAGAUGGGCCAUAUUCGCAUCUACUAGCUUUUGAAAGCCGUUUGGAAGGUCAUGUAAUAUUAGCUGCUGCUUUGGACUACGAGACGUUGCCAAACUUCACAGUAUCAAUUAGAGCUCAAGAUCAAGGAGAACCUCCUCGAGUAUCAAUCACUACAUUGACUGUAUGGGUUCAAGAUGCCGAUGACCAAAAUCCGAGAUUCUUAUCAGAGAGAUACAAGGCUGUUCUCCCUGAAAUGCCAAGACCCGGCACGUCACUGGCGAUAUCUCCAGCUGCGAUUAAAGCUGAAGAUCCAGACGAAGGAAUACAAGCACCUAUUCAAUAUACAUUCAACUCAGAUUCUGCUGAAUACUCAUUUUUUGAACUGAACCGAAGAACUGGUCAAGUCACAAUUCGAAAAGCAAUGCCUGAUGACACCCGACUUCCUAUUACAUUGGUCAUCAAAGCAACGCAAAUGGAUAAUCCCGAUCGUUACUCUUUGACUACUUUAACCCUGGAAAGUGAUAACAUUUUGCCAGCGGACUUGAAAUUUUUACAGACAGAAUAUGUAACCACUGUCCUUGAGAGUGCUCCUGUCGGACAAGUAGUAAUAACUGUCCACAAUACUAAGCUCAAUGACAAACAUGUUCGAUUGCAACUGCUUGAAAAUCCAUCUGAAGAGUUUGCAAUUCAAAACACAGGGGAAAUUAUUGUGGCAAAGCCUCUUGAUUAUGAAAGACAGAUGAAGUAUUCUUUUCGAGUUGUUGCUUCGGAUGGUAAAACGAGUGACGUAGCACGAGUAAAUGUUACAGUCAUGAAUGUCAAUGACAAUGAUCCUACAUUUGCCCAGCCACAAUACAAUUUUUUAGUAAAGCAUGAUGACGUCCGAAUCGGCAGCCUGAUCGGAACUAUAGAGGUGAAAGAUGGUGAUAUCAAUGAUACAAUAGAACUAAAUGUGAAAGGACCCUUUGCAAGAGUUUUUUCAAUUUCGCACAAAGGAGAACUGCGAGUUCGAAGUCUUGAGUUCUUGAACGCCAGUACGUGUCACGUUAUUGUUGUAGCAACCGAUAAUGGUGUUCCACCUAGACAAUCCUCUGUUCCUGUGACUGUUCAAUUUCCGGAAGAUGUUGCUCAAUCCAGUGUUUUCAAAAUCAAGAAGAACGACAGCUCAUUACUACUAAUGAUUGUGUUUGGUGUUCUGUUAGGCACUCUAAUCAUAGUCAUCAUAACUCUCACAAUUUACAUCCUUAAAACUAAGCAGUACAGAGAUCGCCUCCCAAAUGUUGUGUCCUCAAAUGGCCAGCCUCUGGUAAACAAAAUGGCCACUUAUAUGUCAGGAAAUACAUUGCCUAGCAACAAUAACAACAAACCCCAAGGUGGGCAGGCCCCUAAUGACCGUCAAACCGGAGUAGAGAAUCCUGUUUUCAAUAUGGCUGAUAAUAACUACCAAGGAACAAUACACAGAGGUCAGCUGCCACCGUCGCCGUCCGAAGUCAGUGCUUGGCAAGCAAAUGGAAGUCUCAGAGAUGAGCAUCAGAUGGGAACUUUUACGACAAGACCUGGUAGUGGCCUUAGUAACGGAAAAGUUCAAAAUAUUUAUUGGCCAAAUGGGUCCAUUCCUCGCCGGGUGAAGAAAUUAAGCUGGGAAGAUGAGCAACCCAAUAGGACGGAGCUGGACCCCGAUGUUAGUGUUACACCUCUGGGAAAAACUUGCAACGAUACUUCAAAGCAGCCUGGACUUACAGUUUACUUUUAGACUGCUGAUACGGAAAAGAUACAUGGAAAUGCAUAAUAUGGCUGAGAUGUACUUUUUUUCCCCUUCAAUAGGGAUGUCUUUGUAUUGCUUUACUGUAUUUGAAAAAAGCAUUCCGCAAAUAUUCUGUGAUAACUUCAGAAGAAAUGGACUUCUUAAAAUCCAUAAAAGGGUGAAUUUCUUAUGCUGUGAAAUGUAGCAAAAUGUGCUUGUUAUUUCAUACCGCUCAUUUUUCAUUUUAAUUUUUACUUGUGUUUACAAUUUUUUAUGUGUGUAUCUUCUUUCUGGAAAACUGCCAACAGAAGGAUCCAAGUAGCUUGCGAAAUAUUUCAUAUCAGUACUUGGAGGAUUUUCGGAUGUGCGUAUUAGCUUAUACAGUACUUUGUCUUUUUAUAAUCGUCUGAGUUGUUUCACAGACAGCCAAAUGAUGAAUCUAAUUCUGAAAUAAUAAGUGAAGCUUCAAAUGUGUCAAGUUUUUUUCACUUCCGUUCAUUUUUGUAUAUAGUGAAGUGAAAAAUACCACAUCUUGUUCAAGUUUUUUACUAAUCUUCCAGGAAACUUUACAACUUGCAACAUGGAAAAAGUUUGAGAUUUCUAUGAUAGUUCCUGCUGGAUGACCUAUUGAUGAAAUUUUAACAAGCAAACUUGGGUUAAAUGAUAUGUUGGGCUGCUUUGUAUAUAAUGCAAGAAGUGAUUCGUUUAUAUUACAAGACUGAAAGUUCCUGAACAUUUUAAUACUUUUUGUAAAUUUUAUACUUGUUGCGUUUUAGAUAAAAGGUGACUUAUAUACUUGCUGAAGACAUAUGCAUUCCCUAGUUUAGAAGAUUGUCAAGUUUGUGGAAUGCAUGUUCUUAAUAUUUUCAUAUGAUGCAUCAGUUGUUCAAAGUACAUUAUAGCUAUAAAGGAAGACAAAAAGUUUUUUCCCUGGUUCUACUUGCAAAGAAUUCGAUAAGAGGUUUCAGUUGACAAUAUUCAUUUGGAAAUAAGACGUCUUGAAGAGUUCAUUGUGAACAGUAACUGAAUCCUGUUGUUAAGUUAUUCCGACUGCUAUUCGAAGCAGUUUGUUUUUUGAUAACUAUAAAUAAUUUAAGAAUAAAAUAAUGAAUUACUUUUCAAUAACUCUAUAAUUUUAAAUAGUUACUUUUUUCAAUAUCAUAAUUGUAUAAUUUUCCCAAUCUAAACAGAGUUAUGCUAUCAGUCUUGGUUAAGCUGCUUACAUCUCAAACAUUUAUUACCCUAUAGCAAACCUAAAGAAUGGCUUUAAUAUAAACUUAUAAUAUAUGCUUAUUCUCUAUAAUAUUGAUCUAUCUUCCUUUGUACUUGAUACUUAUAAAUUUCUAGAUGAGCUUGUGCGAAAGUUUGUAGUUCAAUUUCAUGUGAUAUUUUCUGAGCUACUUAAUAAUUGUGACUUUUUUCUUUAUUUUUUAUCUUAUAAGGCGUAGUUAAAAUUCACUUAAUUCAUAUACAUUUUUUUUCUACUUCCAGCUUACCACCAGCAUUGUUCUAGCAUUCAAAAGCCAAUCUUUCUUUCUAACAUAUAUAUAUUGAGAGGUGUUUUAAUCAACCAUAAAUGAUUUCCUUAUUCCAAAUACAACUUAUUUAUGGGGAAAGUAGAGUGCGGCUCUGAUUCGUUAUGCUAUGACGUUGACAAUGUUUAGUUCAGGGGAGUUAGUGAAGAAGAGACGCGUAAUGAACCUGUCCGGACUUGGAAUAUUUUUUUGCAAGACUACUACUGUGAAAGUAUCCUGACACAACUAAGCUCCCAUUACCCUUCCCUAUCACCGAAAACAGAGGUAAACAUUGUCAAAGUUAGAGAUCAAAUUAUCAGGGCCUCACUAUAACUUUGACUGCAAAUUUCUUUUGAUAUUUUCUCAAGAAUAUAAUCUUUCUAACUUUAACCUUUUUAAAGGAGAUAAAUUAAAUGAUAAAACUGAGUUGUGGGAAAUUCUUACGACAUAUAAAUUAAUUUUUUACUCGAUAAUUUUAUUCCUAAAUCUGUUAAAAAAUAGAUUGUUUCUUUAAAUAUAUUUGCUGAGGAAAUGAAAAUUUUGAAAACGUGAUUUGCUUAGUCACCCAGAAAAAUAAAAUAAUAUGAAACAGGACACCUCAAGAUUUAUUUUGUAUUUGAAAGCUGGAAGAUGAAGCAUUAGAAGAUUAUUUCGUUAAGCAAGUCUCUGAAGAUUUUUGUAAACAUCAUUUUUAUUUGAAACAAAUCAUCCUAUGUUCAUCAUGUAAAUAUUUUUCUGUGUAUAUAUUAUGCUGAAUUGUGUAAACUUUCUUAAAUUAUUAAAACUUUUUAUAAGUAAGCUCA